UGCCAACGCACAGCGUCCAGCGUCCAGCGUCGACGACUCCUCUCUCACUCGCCUAAAUUUUCUCUGUUUUUUUUUUUUUUCCCUUCUCGAAAUUUUGGCGCCUUGUUUGGUCACCGAGAAAAUGCAGGAGCCCAAGGACCCCGCGUUUAAGCUCUUUGGCAAAACCAUACCCAUGCUAACGGACGGCGAUGCUCCGGUCAGCUCAGGUGAUGUUGGAGACUCUGGUGCUGCUGUUGCCCGUGAAGAUGGUCUUGAAGAAGAAACUGAGAAGGAUGCCCUGGGAGGAAAACCUGCUGAGACCAAAGGAGAAGAUGGUUCAGAGGAGUCAAGGAAUUCAGAAACAGUGGCAGAGAGCAAUGAGAACCCUAAAACACCCUCUAUUGCUGAAGAAAAUGUAACACUAAAAACUUCCAAGGCGGAAAAAGGACAAAGUGAUAGUCCUGAUUCUCAAGAGAAAACCCUGAAGAAGCCAGACAAAAUCCUUCCAUGCCCCCGCUGUAAUAGCAUGGACACAAAGUUCUGUUAUUACAACAAUUACAACAUUAACCAACCCCGUCACUUCUGCAAAAGCUGCCAGAGGUAUUGGACUGCUGGGGGUACCAUGAGGAAUGUUCCAGUGGGAGCUGGCCGUCGAAAGAACAAGAAUUCUGCCUCGCAUUAUCGACAUAUCACCAUCUCUGAAGCACUCCAAACUGUUCGAAUUGAGGCUACUAAUGGGGUGCACCAACCAACUUUGAAAAGCAAUGGCACAGUACUCACUUUUGGCUCGGAUGCACCCUUUUGUGAUUCCAUGACCUCUGUUUUAAAUCUUGAGGAGAAAAAGAUGCCUAAUGGGGCCCGAAACGGGUUUCAUACACACGAAGAACAGGGAAUUCCAGUUUCGUUCAGAGUUCAGGAAAAUGGUGAUGAUCACUCUAGUGCAUCUUCUAUCACCGUUUCAAAUUCAUCGGAGGAAGGAAGCAAGUAUGGGCUACAUGAGGCAAAGCAAAAUUCCCAUGGUGUACCUUCUCGAAUUCCAUGUAUCCCUGGGAUUCCCUGGCCUUAUCCUUGGAAUUCUGCAGUGCCUCCACCUUUCUGUCCUCCAGGUUUUCCUAUGCCAUUCUAUCCUGCAGCCUAUUGGAAUUGUCAUGUUACGGCCCCUUGGAACAUUCCUUGGUUGUCUCCACCAUCUUCUUCUGCAAACCAAAAGACUCCAAACUCCAGACAAAAUUCUCCAACUUUAGGGAAGCAUUCAAGGGAAGGGGACAUUCUUAAACCAAGCAUUGUGGAGGAUGAAGCGACCCCAAAACAGAGGAGUUCAGAGAGAUGCCUCUGGGUUCCAAAGACCUUGAGAAUUGAUGAUCCUGCUGAAGCUGCAAAGAGUUCCAUAUGGACAACGCUCGGGAUUAAGAAUGACAAGGUUGAUUCAGUCAGCGGAGGAGGGCUCUUCAAUGCCUUCCACUUGAAGGGUGAUGAUAAAAAUCAUGCUAUGGACACCUCUGCCGUGUUGCGGGCUAACCCUGCAGCCUUGUCUCGGUCACUCAACUUCCAAGAGAGCUCUUAAUUGAGUCAUAGUGUCAUAUAAAUAUGAAGGGCAAGGUUGACUUCAAAUCACAAAUUUGAACGCCCUUACUGUCCUCUCGCUUAGUCCUUGUUGCAAACCUAAAUGGCAAGCUAAUUGACUGGGAGGAAGAGGUGGAGGAUGACUGAUCAUUUCCCUAAUGGGACAGGGUAGUUUGUCUUAGAGAAGCUCAAGUAGCAACAGUUUCUUCUUGUAACCGUAUGAGAAGGUGCCUUUUGAUUUGCUAAGGGGUAUUGAGUUUUCAUUCAUGUACAUAUACUUUCCACAUAUAUGGAAUACUGAGAUAGAUAUGCAGAUUACCAAGUCUGUAAAAUGGUUCAUUUUCCCCA